UAAUGUAAAACAAACACCAUUACGGUUCAACCAUCUUCUAGUAUAUUAAAGGGAAGUUGUCAAAGAAAGGCAUCGUGCACUUGAUAUCUUCCACAGAUGUGAGUUCGACAUGACGUUAGUGGAACCGACAGUGUCGAUAUAGGCAGACAACUCCUUCUGUGGCCCUCUCUCGAUUAGCUCCAGUGAUAUGUCGUCAACAUAACAUUAGCAACAGUUGUAUUUGCACUCUUUGAGGGCACAGUUUCUAGCUAAAGAAUUCCAAUGAACGCAUGGGCUAGAACGAGAGACACUGGACUACACAAUGUACAUGUACAUUGUAAACAAACAGCAGUAACCAUGGCGAGGAGAGUGUUGAUAACUGGUGCCUCUGGACUCUUGGGAAGAGCUGUGUACAAGGAAUUUUUGAGUGAUGCAUCAUGGGAAGUGUUGGGGCUUGCAUUUUCACGAGCGAGUGGAAACCUGCGUAAAGUGGACAUUACAUCAAAUGAUGAACUAAAUAAAGUCUUUGAUGAUUUUAAGCCUCAGGUAGUAAUACACAGUGCUGCAGAACGUAAACCAGAUGCUGUGGAAAAGCAACCAGAAGCUACUCGGAGGCUAAACAUCGAUGCCACUAGACACAUUUGUGAAUUAGCAGUGAAGACAGGAGCCUGGGUGCUAUACAUCAGUACUGACUAUGUGUUUGAUGGCAAGAAUCCUCCAUACAACGAGGACGCAUCAACCAAUCCUCUUAACAAGUACGGGGUCAGCAAACGGGACGGAGAACUGGUCACUCUGGAGGUUUCAAAAGAUAACGGCGUGUUACGUGUUCCUAUCCUGUAUGGAGAUGUGCAGAACCUUGAUGAGAGUGCUGUCACUAUUCUGUUUGAUAAGGUCAAGGACACGGGACAUAAAUGUAUCAUGAACGAUUACGAGCGGAGGUUUCCAACACAUUGUGCCGACAUAGCAGUGGUCAUCAGACAGUUGUCCGACAAAAAGCUACAGGAUGCCAGCAUAGGAGGAAUAUAUCAUUGGAGUGGGGACGAAAACAUGACCAAGUAUGAUAUGGCUGUCGCUAUGGCUACAGCUCUGGGGAUUUCAACAAGUCACAUUGAGGCUGACAAAAACCCAUCAGUUGGAGCAACCAGACCAUAUAAUGCAAAUGUUGGUUGCAACAGAGUUGAAAGUUUAGGGUUUGGAAGAAGAACUCCCUUCAAGGAUGGAAUAGUUCCAGUGUUAUCUCCCUUUGUAAUAAAAUGAUUUUUUGUCAAUAUUACAAAAUGA